GCAGAAGACGAUCACAUCACGGGAUUCUGUCGCGGAAGAGGAUCAUCACGGGAUUUCGUCAUACAGGAUCAUUGUAUAAUUCCAUUGCAGAAGAGAAUCAUCGUGAAAGAUCAUCACAGAACUUUAUCACAAAAAGGAUCAUCGCGGAAUUUCAUCACAGAAGAUCAUCGUGGGAUUUUGAAGCAGAAGACGAUCACAUCACGGGAUUCUGUCGCGGAAGAGGAUCAUCACGGGAUUUCGUCAUACAGGAUCAUUGUAUAAUUCCAUUGCAGAAGAGAAUCAUCGUGAAAAAUCAUCACAGAACUUUAUCACAAAAAGGAUCAUCGCGGAAUUUCAUCACAGAAGAUCAUCGUGGGACCUUGUUGCAGAAGAGGAUCACAUCAUGGGAUUUUAUCACAAGAGGAUCAUCACGGUAUUUCGUCAUACAGGAUCAUCAUAGAAUUCCAUUGCAGAAGAGAAUCAUCGUGAAAAGUCAUCAUAAAAGAAUCAUCGCGGGAUUUCAUCGCAGAUCAUCGUGGGAUCUUGAAGCAGAAGACGAUCACAUUAUGGGAUUCUGUCGCAGAAGAGGAUCAUCACCGAAUUUCGUUAUACAAGAUCAUCGUAGAAUUCUAUUGCAGAAGAGGACCAUCGUGAAAGAUCAUCACAGAACUUUAUCACAAAAAGGAUCAUCGCGGAAUUUCAUCACAGAAGAUCAUCGUGGGACCUUGUUGCAGAAGAGGAUCACAUCAUGGGAUUUUAUCACAAGAGGAUCAUCACGGUAUUUCGUCAUACAGGAUCAUCAUAGAAUUCCAUUGCAGAAGAGAAUCAUCGUGAAAAGUCAUCAUAAAAGAAUCAUCGCGGGAUUUCAUCGCAGAUCAUCGUGGGAUCUUGAAGCAGAAGACGAUCACAUUAUGGGAUUCUGUCGCAGAAGAGGAUCAUCACCGAAUUUCGUUAUACAAGAUCAUCGUAGAAUUCUAUUGCAGAAGAGGACCAUCGUGAAAGAUCAUCACAGAACUUUAUCACAAAAAGGAUCAUCGCGGAAUUUCAUCACAGAAGAUCAUCGUGGGACCUUGUUGCAGAAGAGGAUCACAUCAUGGGAUUCUAUCACAAGAGGAUCAUUACGGGAUUUCAUCAUACAAGACCAUCAUAGAAUUCUAUUGCAGAAGAGGACCAUCGUGAAAGAUCAUCACAGAACUUUAUCACAAAAAGGAUCAUCGCGAGAUUUCAUCGCAGAAGAGGAUCAUCGCGGGAUCUUGAAACAGAAGAUCACAUCAUGGGAUUCUGUCGUAGAAGAGGAUCAUCACUGAAUUUCGUCAUACAAGAUCAUCAUAGAAUUCCAUUGCAGAAGAGAACCAUCAUGAAAAGUCAUCACAGAACUUUAUCACAAAAGAUCGUUGCGGAAUUUCAUCACCGAAGAUUAUCGUGGGACCAUUUGUUGCAGAAGAGAAUCACGUCAUGGGAUUCUGUCACAGAAGAGGAUAAUCACGCGAUUUCGUCAUAUAAGAUCGUCAUAAAAUUCCAUCGCAGAAGAGAAUCAUUGCGAUACUCUGUCAUAGAAAAAAAUUAGUGAAACUUUAUAAAGAUAAGAGGAUUAUCAUUAGAUUUUGUCACAGAAGAGAAUCAUCUAAAGGAUCCUUAUUAAUCAUGUCUCGAUGGCACACUUAAUCAUAGAGAUUGGAUGCCGGAGCUUUUUAGUCUUAAGUGCUAUGAGUUCGUCCAAUCGAAUCAUGUCCAAUCAGUGCCACUCGAAUCAUUACGGAACUCUGUCGUAGAAGAAGACUAUCAUGAAGUUUCCAUCGUGAAAGAUCAUCAUAGAAGAUCUUAUUGCAGAAGAGAAUCUUCAUGACUGUCGUAGAAG